GAUCUGGCCUCCCAUCUUAACAUGCCGGAAAUAUGGCUGCAGUUAGCAACCCAGAACGGGACACCUAAGGUUUUUGAGCGAGAGAAACAUAUCUCGACCCCUCCUGCUGCUUUCCCUCUGUCGCUGAACGGUACCGAUGCAAUCCCACAUUAUCCGCUGUCCGACGCAAUCGUUACACGGGCUAUUAUGGACGGCUAUAUCUACAAGGUGUCUAUUUCUGGAGCCCCUUUCAUUUGCAAAUUGGCGAUGCAGAACGAUAUCGCCUCGUUUGAACGGGAGCUGGGUCUUUUCCGGAAAUUUUCAUCUCUGCGACGUGCUGAGAAUCUGCUGAGAGUGCCGGACUUAGCAGGAACCAUCGGGUUUGAGGAAGGAUUUCCCGGGAUGCUAUUAACGGAUAUUUGUGCUGCGACUUGCAUGGACGACAUCAACAUGGGAUCGGUAGAUGUUGGCGAGCGCCGGAAAUGGGCAGGCCAGAUCCGGGCUACCGUGGACAUACUACAUCAAAACUAUAUGGUUUGGGGAGAUGUUAAAGCCGAUAAUGUUUUGAUUGAUGCGCAGAGGAACUGCUGGCUUGUGGACUUUGGUGGCGGCUGCACGGAAGGGUGGGUUUCCGAAGAGCUGAGGGAGACUAAGGAAGGUGGUCUGCAAGGACUUGACAAUAUAGAUAGGUUUUGGGAUAUCUUGCAGAAAGAAUAA